AUGCGCAGUACAACAAGCAAUGUCUUCAAUCCAGACGAAGAAGCUAGAAAACUAAAAGGUAAUCAGCAGGUCGUGUUUGGAUGCCAAUGUAUUGCAUUGUCGAGCCCUCAGGCUUACUUGCAUGGUGGGAGGUCGGCAUUGGUCACAGAGUAUGGCAACAUAUUCACUGAAUCAAUUACAACUCCACUACGCCUCGCUUGGUCUGUCCUUGUGCAGUGCUAUGAAAAUAUGGAACAAGGGCAGAAGGCGCUUCAGCUUAGGAUCAUGGCAGCUCACCUUCGACACGAUGCAGAUGAUCAUGAGUGGGAUCAAUUGGCGAGUCUUGACCCGACAAAUGUCGACGCGUUGUGGGAUCGAGCAUCGUUGGCAAAGGAGGUCGGAGACUUUCGAACAGCCCGCAACGCAUUCAUAGCAAUCCUUAAACGGUUUCCACACAACCUGACUGUUCUCCGCGAACUCCACACCAUCCUCGGCGAGCUCACCGAACUCCCAACUUGUGCCAACCUCCUCCAAGCCGCGUUCAAACACUACCAACCAAACUUGACCUGCUCCUCCUAG